AUGCAAGAGCGAUCGGCGCCUACGUGGACGAUGCGAAGUCACACUGAUUCAUUGUUGGCGGUUGCGUUCUUCAAAGACGGCCGACGAGUCGUUACCGCUUCACACGACAAAACCCUGCGAAUUUGUGAUAUGCAGAGAAGAUCACUAGUAGGAGGGCCAUUCGAGGGUCACAAGGACUAUGUGCGAUCGGUCGCAGUAUCGCCAGACGACAAGCAAAUUGCGAGCAGCGGAGAUGAUAAAGCCAUCAUCGUCUGGGACGUUGAGAGCAAACAGAUGAUAUUCGAUCCACUGGAAAAGCAUACAGGCUGGGUGUUGUCGGUGUGUUUCUCACCUGAUGGAAAGAGACUCGCCAGCGGAUCGCAUGAUAAAACAGUUGUCGUAUGGGAUGCCAAGACUGGCGCCAUCCUUGUAACGAUUGACGGUCAUAAUAAUUCGGUCUGGAGUGUUGCAUUCAGCCCAGAUGGGCUAAAACUAGCCUCCGGGUCAGCGGACCAUUCCAUCCGGAUUUGGCGCUCCGACAAUGCCGAGCUUCUUCUCAAAAUCGACGCUCACCAGCAUUGGAUUCGAAGCGUCGUGUGGUCGCCUGACGGUCAGCAACUUGUUUCUGCGUCGUUCGACAAAACAGUCAGAUUUUGGAGCUCAGAUGAUGGAGCCCAGAUCGGUCAACCUUGCACUGGUCACGCUUACCACUCGCUCGCCAUAUCUUCUGACGGUUCCUUCAUUGCCACUGCCUCGGAUGACAAGACUUUACGGCUUUGGAGCACAAAGACACACAAGUUGAUAGGACAGGUACUCGAGCACACUGCCUGGGUUCGCUGUGUUGCAAUUUCUCCCAAUGGAGAGGUGCUUGUGAGUGGUGAUGGUGAAGGGAAGGUGUUGCUCUGCUCUGUCAAGAAUAUGCUCGAGCAAUACAACGCAGAGGAAGGGAUAAUGGAAAAUGAAGAAGCACGGCAACAACAACUCCCAUUCAGUGAGGCUCAGGUAUGCUUAUGCCCAUUAUUGUUUCGCUCUUCCAUUUAUCUACAUUACUCGGCGUGGUGGCGAAUAGCUGCGCAGUUACGAGAGAAAUGA